AUGUCUUCGACUCGCAGAAAGUUCCACGUCAGACAGCCAGCCAUCGUCGACAUUGGCUGCAACUGCAGAAAACCAAAGCUCUCGUAUUUCUUUCCCAAGCAAAGAAAAACCCAUACAAAUUACCCAAGCAUUUUCUCUCCUUCAACAGAGAGCAUCACAACCACAACCAACACUAGCUCCUCAUUCUCUCCUUCAAAUGUUACUUCACCGCCUUCACAAGCCUUCUUGAGCCCAAAACAGAGUAAGAGGAAGAAGGGAGUGGUUGAGGAUAGUGUUGCUGUAGAGAAAGAGAGCUCUGAUCCCUAUUUAGAUUUCAGGGAUUCGAUGCUGCAGAUGAUAGUUGAGAAGGAGAUUUACAGUUGGGAUGAUCUUAAAGAGCUGCUGCAUUUGUUUUUGUCCCUCAAUUCUCCUCGCCAUCACCCUCAAAUUCUUCAGGCCUUUGCCGAGAUUUGGAAUGGGGUAUUCUCACCGGGGAGUUGA